AUGAGUGUGUUCGCUGUGAGUGUUUUGAUUGAAGAAGGCAAAAAUUACAUGCACCUGAUAUGCAAUGAAAAUGCUAUGAUAUGUAUAGAUGCAUGCAGGUUUGAUGUACUAAAGAAGGCUCUGUGUGUUGCGUUUACUAGAAGUGUGUAUAGUGCACAGCAGAUUCUUGCGAUGGAGGAGUGCACGAGUAAACGGCGGCUUGUGUGUGUUCUAACAACACACAGGCAUUCUGACCAUACAGGGGGGAUUGAUGAAUUGAAGAGUGAGAUGCCGAGCGUACGGCGAAUUUCUGGGUUUGAAGACGAGAUCUGUGAAUGCGGCGAUGUGUUUGACCUUGAAGGAAUUGAGGUUGAGUGUAUUCAUACGCCAUGCCACACGUCUGAUAGUUUCUGCUACUACAUUGCAGGAAGGUAUCUUGCCACUGGCGACACAUUGUUUUUCCUUGGAUGUGGCAGAUUUUUUGAAGGAACAGCUAAGCAAAUGGUAGAUGCAAUUGAAAAAAUAAAAGCCAGAGUUGAUCGUGAAGCAUUGAUACUUUAUGGGCAUGACUACAGCCAACAGAACAUUCGAUUUACAGAGCAGUUCUGCUUAGUUCCUGAAAGCAUCAAAAGCAAGCGGUUUUUGAAGUUGUACGAGGAAGCAGAAUACAAUUUGUUUUUCGAUCCAAGGCGUGCAUUUAUAUAUGAAAGCAUUAAUGCAAUAUCUUGUGAGCAGCAGGCCCACAGAGACCCCACGGAAUGCAUUUCUACAGAAGAUGCAAUGAUGGAACUCCGUAUCAAAAAGGAUUUGUUUAACAGGCAAUAA